AGAACAUCAGUGAAGAACAACAAGUCGCGAAAAUCGGGAAUAAUCGAUGAAAGCACCCCUCAAUCGAUUCUAAUACAAAAUGUAUCAUUUUAUUCGUUUACUUUCGGUUAUUUUGGUUGCUAUUUACAUUCAUGUAACUACUGCGAACAAUAAUGUAAAGGAUGACAAUUUGGACAGAGGAGCGCACAGCGACCGCGGAGGUCUGUGGUUCGGUCCCCGACUAGGCAAGAGGUCCCUACAGUACAUGGGAGAAGACAACAGCCAAACUUUCCUCAGACUUCUAGAAGCGGCCGACGCUCUCAAGUUCUACUACAAUCAAAUGCCCUAUGAGAUGCAGGCAGACGCACCACAAACUAAAAUAUCAAAGAAAGUGAUAUUCACACCAAAGCUCGGCCGCGCGACCGACAACCAAGACAAGAGGUACGACAAUGUGGAGUUUACCCCACGCCUGGGCAGGAAACUGCCCGACAGGCUGCCCUCCACGCCCGCUGACGAAGACAUUUACAGACCAGACCCUGUAAUGGUAAAUCCGAGGACCAACUAUUUUUCCCCCAGGCUGGGUCGAAAUUAUAACUUCCAACCGAGACUUGGUCGGGAACUUGUUUAUGACUAUUAUCCUGAACCACAGAUAAGAGUGACUAGAAGUAUCAACAAGACCAAGGAGGCGUAAUCAUAGAAUAUUUAAUAGAUUAAUUACGUUUUAAUUAAAUAAAGUAAUUAAUUAAAAAUGGGCAUACCGCUUUAAAUAUGUUUUGGACAAAGUUGUUUAUUUAUAAGACUUUAUUGCUAAGGUGCUAAGUUAAUAAAUUGAAAGAUCUC